AUGGCAACUGCCGACGCGGGAUUAGGUUCGGGACUGCGUCCAGGUUUGGGAGGAACGGGAUUGGAGCUAGCAGUAGGUUCGGAGGGGCAGGGAUGGCGGCGAUCGGUGGCAGUGAUGGAGGCGGUGCGGCAACUGGAAGCCAUGAUGCGCGAGCCGGCGGCCGUUCUUGAUAGCAUGAAGGACAAGCUAUCUCUAGAGGAUCUCGAGAUUCUCAUCGCCUACUUCGCCCAACAGGGUCGCGACAUGUGGCAGGCGCUCGAGGUGUACGAUUGGAUGGUCCGCGGGAACCGCGUGGAGCGCCGAACGCGGCGCCUUAUCCACGUCAUCAUGGACCAGCGCCUCGGGCAGCUGCUACAGGAAGGCUGCCCGACGGAAAAAGUUUUGCGGCUGGUGGGCAGAAUGGUGGAUCUCGGGCUGCCCCCGGAUUUCCCGCUGAAAAGAAUGGUAGGGGAGGAGUUGUGGGAUAGAGGGGCGGUGGCGGAAGUCGUGAAGCUUCUGAGAAUGUUCCGGAACGAGGAGGAAAGCGCGCGGAAGGAGCAGGGGGUGGUGGCUGGAGUGAGAGUUAUGGCUUGGAAUGAGGAGGAGGAUGAGGAGGAAGAGGAUGAAGAAUGGGAGGAAAGUGAGGAGGGGAGUGUGUGGACUGGGUUAAGUGAGAGUGAGGAUGAGGUGGAGAUUGGUAGUGGUGGGCAGAAAGAUGGCGAGGCACGGCCAUCUGAUUGCGCAACUCAAGGUAACACAUUCUCAUUCCUCCCCCGCCCUCCCGCCCGCCUCCCCCUCUCUCACCACCUUUCCCGUUUUCACCUCCUCCACAUCUCUCAAACCCAACCCCUCCCGCCCUUGCCCCGGCCCCGCCCCCACCCUGCUCCCACCCGCACCCCCUCUUCUUCCUCCUCACCGCCUCUCCCCUCACUGCUUUCUCUUUCCAUCAGUCUCUCGCUUGUUCCUGCCGUCAUUCGCUUUCCAGGUGUGGAAAGGAGUGGGGUGCGGUCUGAACAACAACAGAGCAGCAGAGCUGCAGGUACUGAGGACAGCAGCAGAGGCGCUAGCACAGGAGGGGCGAAUGAGGCGAAAAGAGGGCAGGGGCAGGAAGGGAAGCAGGCAGGCAGAGAGUCAAAGUCAAGAGAGGCAGAAGCAGAGAGGGAGGGGGAUGAAGCAGCUGUGAUGCGAGCAGCAGAGGCAGCAGCAGAGGUGGCAGCAGCGGCAGUGGGGGAAGAAGAAGCGGCGAUGAGAGCAGCAGAGGAGAGGGAGGAUCUAGUGGGGCUGCUGCUGCUGCGAGCUGUUAGCGCUGGGCAGUACCGGCAGGUGCUGCCGCUGCCGCGCAUGCUGAGAGAAGCCGGGGUGGAGGUGGGCGUGGCGGGGUUCGGUGCGGUGCUGACCGGUGCGGUGAAGGAGCAGGAGAAGCUGAGUGUGGCGCGGAGGGAGUUGAGGGAUCUGCAGCAGAUGGGCGUGGUGGGGCAGCUGUCGCCUCUGGAAGGGCUUCUACUGGAGGUGAGCAUAGAUAGGCAGGCGGUCAGGGCAGGCGGUGAGGUGAGUACUGAGAGUGAAAAUCCCUUCCUCUCAAUCCCUUCCUCUCAAUCCCUUCCUCUCAAUCCCUUCCUCUCAAUCCCUUCCUCUCAAUCCCUUCCUCUCAAUCCCUUCCUCUCAAUCCCUUCCUCUCAAUCCCUUCCUCUCAAUCCCUUCCUCUCAAUCCCUUCCUCUCAAUCCCUUCCUCUCAAUCCCUUCCUCGCAGUCCCCUUCUUUCAAUGUCCUCCUCCUCUCGAUGCCCCCCUCUCAAUUUUCCCCUCUCUGUCACUUGCACAUGGGCAACGCUGCAGCACGAGGCAGGUUCACGGGGCAACACUGAGGCACGAGGUAGAGCAAGUGGUGCAGUGGUGUGCAGAGGAGUGCGGGGGCGACCUGCAAAGACUGAGGGAGGCUGUCUGCGAGAGAGAGAGGCAACGGGAGGAGCGGCUAGCAGUGCUUGGACAGGCGGGCAAAGGGGGAAACGAGGUGAACGGGCGAGAGGCACAGCCGUACCAGCAAGUAGCAGAGGAGGUGGAUGGAAGGGUAUUUUUGUGGCGAGAUGCUCAGAUUGCUGGGCUGUCACCAGGGCUGUUGAGUGGGGGAGGCAUGAGGGAAGAAGAGGAGGGAUACAGAAUAGGCUCGCAAGAGCGUGAUGAGUCUUCGUUGCUGCUGGACCUGCAACGAAACAGAAAAGGAGAGGUGCAGUGGGAGGGUAUAUCGGAAGUGCAACGAGGGACGCAGAGAGACCUGUGGGUGCUGCAAGCGGGGGAGGUGGCAGCAGCGCGGGCGCAGGCGGGCAUGCAGGGGAAGCUGGUGACGCUGUGGUUCAACGCGGGCCACCCCGAGCAGGCGGAGCGCGCACUGUGGGGCGUGGUGCAGCAGGGGGCGCCUGUACCUGGGGAUUUGGCCGCCAGUGUUGCAGGGCUGUACGCCUACUGGGGCGACCACACGGGGCUAAACAGUUUCAUACAGCGGCUGGAGGCACUGGGGAGUCCCCUGGACGAGUGGGCGUAUGCACUCAUGGUGGGGGGAGCACUCAAAGGCGGGCAUGUAAACGUGGCUGCAUUCGCUGUGAGGGAGAUGGUGCGGAGGGGCAUGCAGCCCAACGCACAGCAACUCGCUAUAGUGUUGCGGCGGUUACAGAGGGGGGAUGCGGGAGUGGAGGCGUAUCUGGGGCUGUGCGCGGCCCUGGCGGACGUGGGGCUGCUGGAGCCCACCCUCGUCUUCCUCUAUGUUGAUUUGCUGCGCCUCUGCAUCCUGCGCAUGCUGUAG